AAGUGUAUAAAGUGAUCUAUUGUAAUUUGUUAAAACACUUUUACUAUAACAUGAAGUUAUUAACAUCUAUACGCGAUUAAAUUGUUUGAUUAUAGAGUUCAUUCUAACGAGGAGUAAAGGUGAGAUGAUGCUUUGAUGGAGAGGCGUAUGUUAGAAGAAUGUUGAACCGUUUAAGAAUUGUUUCUCAGUGCUUAUGUGAUAGUGACAAGAUCAACUUAAUCGUAAAGGAUCAAGAUCCCAUUAACCCAAUGGCAUUUAGUUUUAAGCAUCAUGGAGGAAGUUCAAACGACAAUUAGAAUUCAACAAGAACAAGGAUGGUUUGUUUUUGGUGGUGACUUUGCGCUUCUUAAAGAAUUUUUAUCGAAUAAGAGAACGAAAUUAUGGAUUCCUUUGCAGCUCCUUGAUUCUUUGUUGCGGGGUUUUGGAGCGGUCGCAUUUGCAAAUAAUCCAAUAAGUGGUUUAUUUAUUGUUAUUGCUUUAGCUGUGAAUUCACCAGGAAUAUUAAUUUUCAGUGCUACCACAGGACUUUUAGGAUUAUUAUUCUCUAUAUUAAUUGGAGAACCAGCGAGAAAAAUUGAAAAUGGUCUCACUGUAUUCAAUCCUUUACUUGUGGGAGCAUUGGCUUAUGUAUUUAUUCCUAAACUAUACGGACCAUUUGACGCCUUUUGUUUAUUAUUUCUAUUUUUCAGUACAAUAUUUAGUGUUUAUCUAACAAGAUCGAUAGGAAUUGGAAAAUUACCAUGCUUAACGUAUCCAUUCGUUAUAACGGAAUUAAUGUUAUUAUUUAUUCUUAAACAUCACAGUGGUGGAUUUAGAUUUGAAGAAGGAUUUUCAAUAAAUGCAACAAUUAACAAUGGAACAAGCAACAUGACAAUAGAUGACACGGGUACUAUUGUUGGAAAAGAGGAUACUGUCAGCCCAGACUGGGGAAUGUUAUUCCGCGGUGUUGUGACGUCGGCAUCCCAGGUGUUUGCGGUCGAUGAUGUAGCUGUUGGUUCAGUCGUUUAUCUCGCAAUUUUAAUUUAUUCACCAAUCACAACUGUCUUUUCAUUAGUUGGUGCUUUAAUUUCCAGCCUUUUGGGUUUACAACUUAAUGUACCGUACGAAUUAAUUUAUUCAGGCGUUUGGGGAUUUAAUGGAAUUUUAACUGGAGCUGCAUUAGGAGGACAUUUUCUAAUAAUUAAUCAUUAUUCAUGUAUGGCGACAAUUGUUGCAAUAGCUUUCACUUCUAUUUUGCAAUACAUUAUUUACAAUAUUUUAAAUGAGCGAUACCUUUCGUUUUAACAACGUGGUUGUUUUUAUGUCUGGCAAAUUCGACGGAAGAUACAUUCAUUUAUUGUCAACAUCGGUCUUAUCCAGAAAAACAA